UGGUGGUGUUGGUGGUGGUGUGUUGGUGUGUUGGUGGUGGUGUGUUGGUGGUGGUGUGUUGGUGUGUUGGUGGUGGUGUGUUGGUGUGUUGGUGGUGGUGUGUUGGUGUGUUGGUGGUGGUGCUGAGACGUGAAAGGGAGAAGCCGGCGGGGGCAGCUUUCGAGGAGGAGACAGCGAGGGGAGGGAGAAGCGAGAGAAAGAAUUGUAAAGGGAGUUAAGACAGGUGACCUGUGAGUAGAGAGAGAGAGUAGAGAGACACACAGAGACACACACACAGAGACACACACACACAGAGACACAGAGAGAGAGGGUGGUGAUGAUGUAGAGAGAGGGGAGGGAGAAGGCAACUCGGUGUGUGUGAGAGAGAGAGAGCUGGGAGAGUGGAGUGGAGAGCCAACAGAGACACACGCACAGUGUGAGAUUGGGGGCACAUUGCGGAGUUCGAGUUGCGAGAAGAGAAGAGGAGGAACGAGUGGUAGUGGGGGGGGGAGCGGGGCAGGGUUCGUCCCGCAUGAAGGUCCGCUCCGUGGUCUGGCCGCUGCCCGGCGGCCCCGGCGGACUCCGCCUGUCCCGGAGGAAGCAGCGGAGGCCGCGACAGCGACUGUCGGGGGGAGACACACGCGACGAUGCUGAUGAUGACGACACGGGUGGAAGAAGAGGAGGAGGGGGACGGGGUGGUGACGGUGGCGGUGGUGAUGGCGGCGGUGAUGGCGGCGGUCCCAGCAGCAGCGGCCAUCGCCACGUUCGCAACGGCCGUCGCUUCGCAUCGGCGGCCGCAACGGCGACAUCCAAACCGGGCGAUGAUGACACUGAAGAAGAUUUCAAUGACGAUGACGACGACGAUUACGACGACGACGAUGAAGAUGGCGAUGAUGGCGACAGAGCAGAUGAAGAGGAGGGAGAUGGAGAGGCGGGUGGACACGCGGCGGCUCGGAGCGAUCUGCUCACGUGCGGAUUGUGCCACCUCUCGCUGCCGCUCUCGCAGAUCCUGCGCUUCAUCGAGCACAAGAGCCGCGCGUGCCCGGCUCCGGGUUCGAUUUCCGCGCCGACCGGGCUAAGUGCGGUGCUAUCACCUCCGGACCAAGGCCCCUGCGCCGGCUCCUCUGCCCAUACCAGCUUCUCACCUCGACUCCUGGCGACGACGGCGUCGUUCGAGCAUCCCGGAUCGCAAGCCGCCCCAGAGCCGAGUGCCUUCGUGUGCCGCUCGUGCCGCGCGCGUUUCCCCACGGCCUGGUCGCUGCUGCAGCAUGCGCAGCACACGCACCGCCUCGGCAUCUACAUCGAGGGCGGCUCCUUCACGACGCUGGCGCCGCCCUCCAGCCCCGAGGGCAGCUCCCGCUCACCGAGCGGAUCGGCGGACGCCCCGCUGCACGAUCGCAGGACGGCCGCCCCCCCGGCCCACGUGGACGGAAGUGGAGUGAGCGCCUUCGGGCUGCUCGUGGAGCCCUGGCUCAGGGCGGCGCUGUCCCACGCGCAGACGCCCCGGCCCCGCGACGGCACCUCGCCUGUGUUCGCCGCUCCACGGGCACGACAGCCGCCGCCGCCAUCUCCCCCUCCUCCUCCUCCUCACCCGUUCUCCGCUGGCCGCACGUCCCCACCAGAGCUGGCGGCGAUGACGGCGGCCGCCUUGUGGGACGAGAAGGCGACCGCGGCGGACUUCCUGUGCAGCUUGGAUUUCUCACGGCGGCUGCGCGAGCUCGCCGGCAACAAUGCUCCCUUUGCAACGACGACGGCGACGCCGCCGAUGGCGCCGACGGAGCGACCGCUCGGUGCCGGACGUGCCGCCCCGCACCUCUCCAGCACGGCGCCUCCGGCAAAACCCGGCGCCGGCGUCUUCCCACCGCCUCCAUCCUCUCCAUUCGUCGUGGCCACCAGCCGCGAGUCGGCGUCGUCGACGUCGACCUUGCGCUCUUGCGGGACACCCGAGCCCACGGGGAACCCCGUGCCCGUCUCAACGUCCCAGAGCUCGCGCCGCUCGGCCUGGGCCACGGCGCUGGAGGAGAGGGAGCGUGCGGACGGCAGCAGGGGGACGGCCUCCUCCCCCGACCCGCGGUGCGGCGGCGGUCUCGGUGCCCGAAGCCCCGGAGUUGCUCUAUCCAGCGCGAGCAGCGCCCUGCGCUCCGUGGCGGCGCUGUACCGCAGUGACAUGUCCGUGCCGGAAGAGCCGCCGUUGGCCCUCGGCGGCGGGCGAGGCGGCGCAGGUCGAGCGGCCGGGCGAGGCGCGCGGGCGAGCGGCGAGGAAGGGGACGACGGCGGCCCGCAGGCCGCGCUCAACGAGGUGCUGCUCAAGCUGAACAGGCAGAUGGCGUCGUACUGCCUCUCGGCCCCCGGCAGGAGCAGGGAAAUUGGGCCACCUGCCGGGAGGCCCCGGGGAGACACGACGACGACCGCUCUCCGUGAGACGGCCCGUGACCACUCCCACGCGGGGGCCACCGAUGGAGGGGACGAGCAGCACGCCAGCCUCCCUCUCGACUUGUCCUCCACCUGCCCGACUGCCAAUAGCGUGAAGCGGGAGCCCGACGAGUCGCCGCUCGUCGACUCCCAUCGCGUGGACGGCAACAUCUACUCGCAGUGGCUCGCGAGCUACGUCGCCGUGCAGCAGCUGAGCAGCGGGGAGUCGUUUGACUCCGGCGGAGGGAUCGGUGGCGGAGUUCCAUUCGGGGGAAUGAGCGCGAUGGGUGGCCGGGUUCCAUUUAGUGGCAACAGGGCGAUGGGCAGCACGUCAUCGGGAAGCUCUCGGGAGAACGCGUCCGCGGUGGCGGCGGUGGCGGCGUGGGGCGGCUCCACGUCCCCUCCUCGCACGCCCUCGUCGGAGCCCAGCUCCUCGGACACGGCCGGCAGCGGCAGCCGGCUUGCGGGAGAGUCCGGGAGCCAGAGCGCGGCGAGCCCGGGCUUCCUCCUCCAUCCCCUGCAUCACCGCGGCGAGCGAGGCUUGAACAACGACGACGCGGAAGACGGCGACGAAGACGACGAUGAAGACAACGAUGGCGGGGGCUGCGUCCAGAAAAAUGGCGCGGCGAGAAGAGCGGGCGGCGUGGAGGACGCCGGCACGGGCACCAACGCGUGCGAGUUCUGCGGCAAACGCUUCCGCAACGGGAGCAACCUGACUGUGCACCGGCGCAGCCACACGGGCGAGCGACCCUACCGCUGCCAGCUGUGCGGCUAUGCGUGCGCACAGUCGAGCAAGCUGACGCGGCACAUGAAGACGCACGGGCAGGUGGGUCGCGACGUGCACCGCUGCCACGUCUGCCAGAUGCCAUUUGGCGUGUACGCCACGCUGGAGAAGCACGUUAAGAAGUGGCACGGCCUGCGGGCAGCGCGCACGCCCGACGGGGCCAACGGGGACCUCGACGUGGACCUGGACGAUGGCGACGGCGACGGUGCUGACGAUGGCGAGAGAGAGACUGGGCUCCACCAUGUGUGGGCAGCGGCCAUUUGAAGUGCGGGAGAGACUGAAACAUGUCGAAGCAUCUCCUUGGUUUAAUAAAGUUGGUGGGGAUGGGGGGGUGGGGGCAGCAUUCAUCACAGUUGGAGCCGUUGGUGGGAAUUUCACCCUUUUUCUUUUUUAUGGGGGGUCAAUUUCUGCACUCAGCGAGUGCUGUUCUCUUCACACGAAAUAGGGCUCAGUUCCCCAGGGAUGAAUGAUGAUGAUGAUGAUUCUGAGUCAAGUCAAACUCUGGGUGCUGUGUGACACAGUGGCACGUGAUCAGAUGAAAAUAAACCACUGAGAAUAUUAAUACAAUUAACCAGCGGUAGUAAUAUCAGGUUAGACCAGGUGCCGCUGUGCCAGAGUUCCCGAGUGAAUGGUCACAAGUUCAAAUUCUCCUUUGGGAGUCGUCUCGGCCCCAUCAUCGCUCUGGGGUCGAUAAAAUGACUACUGGCCCAGCAGUUACAGCCAGCAGUGGGAGGUGAACGCUAUCUGGUGCUCAUUCAGGCACUGAGACUUAAACAAUCCGGGUCAAUGUGGCGAUAAACACUUGGAGAUGGGUUUGGUGGAUCGGGCAGAGGUGGUGCUAUGAUUUGUAUAAGUCGCCCACCUGCAGGGUAAACAAGGUGGUGCUUGCAGGGAUGUCAGGUGGGUUUCUUUUGUCGACGGGAAGUCUGCCCGGCAAUGUUUGAGCAUUCUCUCGUUUUGUGGGUUUUUCCCCUGGGCACUCUGGUUUCUCCCUUUUGCUCGAACGCACGUGGAGAGGAAUUUGGCCAAUACCUCAAAGUGACAUCCUCCUCACCACGAGUCCUGAGACUCGGUGGGGCUUUUCUGAUUCAACGGAAAUGGAUGUGAGAGCUCAUUAAGUUGGUCAGUAUGUGCCACCGUUAUAGUCGGACUCUCAAAUUUGAUAAUUUGAGAAAGAAGUCAAUCUGUCUCCAUGCUCGUUCCAGCGGUGCUCAUCGGGGUGAGCAGUGCUGUGAGCUAGUGGUGUAAACUCCACAUUCCUGUGACGGGAACCAGUUUCUCCAUUAAGCAGUCACUCUUGACUUCCCAAUGAAGUGGUGCUGGUUUUAUCUGCCCGUGGAGGGAUGGAUGGUGAUGGGCAAAACGGGAGGUGGGGAAACCUGCUGGGUUCUCGCUUGGUUAUAUAAAGAUCGGUGGUUGAUGGUUUGCUUGAAUUCUACCUAAAGAGUAAUAAACAUGCAAUAGGGGAUGUUGAGACAGCAAAAGGGCAUGAUCGCUGUUUCGAAAUCAAAUGUGUGUAACACCGCAUACUCUGGAUUAUAAGAUGCACCUUGGUGUCAAGGUGUCCUCGGUGUCAAUAAAGCUAUAAAGAAUCUGGUCAUGCGCAGGCAUGCAAGCCUACCAGAUUAUAAGAUGCACUUCCAAUGUUUACUUAAAAAAUACAGCUCGGUGGUGGAGGUGGGGCGGGUAAGUGCGUCUAAUUCAGAUAAUACGGUAAUGCUCUUUACUUGUUUCCAGGCUGUACGACCUCCGUCUCCCGAGUUUGUCAUCAUUUACAGAAAGUGUUAGAAUAUGUUUGAAGUCUCCACCUGUCUCGAGUGUCCACCGCUUCCGCAGGUUGUGCUCACCGCAAAGACUCGCCCUCAGCAUUAAAGCCAUAAUAGCGAUGCUUUCGCAUUUACCGAAUAGCGUUAAUGUGCAUCGGUACGGAAUGUGAAGCCAGUCGACGAAGCUUCAGCAGCGAUAUACCGUGAAGACUCCACCCACAGAAACAACCAGGCGACGAUGUCGCAUUGCAAAACCAAAGGAACACUGAUCCGCAGCAAUAUGACAAUUAACCCCCUACCAUUGUAAAACUCUUCCUUAUGCGUCUCAAGUCCUUACUCCCAGCUUUAAGGACAGAGUGCCGCUGCUAUCGUGGUUUUUCAACUUGGCUGCGGCAUUACUGGAGGAUGGUGCACUGCCGUUGCGAAAAUGUGUGCACCGCUCUCCAAUGUGUUCUCGGGCCUUGCCGUGUGUCAUUCGAUAAUGAGGUCCCACUUUGCUCAAAGAGCUGGGAGCUCCUGAAAUUCAGUUCCUUGAAAAGAAGCUGUUCACCAAAACGUAGCGGGCGGUAUGGAUAUGCGGUGGUCACUUCAGUCUUCCCCGCUUAAUGAAGCCUCAGAAUCAUGGUCCACAACCAUAAGUGUGUGUGCGUGUUUCCACAAAAAAACAUCCGCCGUUUUUUUUGGUUGUCUUCACUGAAGAAAAGAGAACAGCUUAUGACGAUAAGUGAAUGAAUAAUGAAUGCUCUCUGCUCAACAACGGUUUAACUUUUUAGCAAUGUCCAAUAGAGAGAAGCUACAACAUUGCCACCUCGCUCACCCGUUACCAAAUCGAGCAUACACUCCUCCCCCCUCCUCUUCCCCCUCUGCGGAUGGGAUUGAUAAACCCACGAUAGAUGGACCCUGACCUUUUGAAAUUGCACUAAGAAAUGGCAGCGGGAGAUUUGACUUGGAAGACAAGCACUUGACUGCCGAUGCAAAAAAUGCGAUCGCUUUUUGUUUGUUGUAUAUUUGGGCGGUGGGCAAGCGUGCGGGUUGAACGAGUGGUUCCGUUGCAUCCCCCCCCCCAACCGACUGCAUGUGUGCGUGGCUGGGUGACAGUUACUCGCCUCUAUGUGCCACAAGAUGUGCAGAUUGUCUCAAGUGUUGAUUUCAUUUUUGUCUUUAUUUUCUUUCAAUUGCACCGAUACCGCGCUCACCACCGCGAUCAGCAUCGUGGUUGUGGAGGUACAACCUCGCCCAGUAAACAUGCCAACGUUGGGCCAGCAUUGGCAUGUUUACUGAGUCUGUGCCUAGACGACGAUGAUGAGGAGGAUGCGGAAUGGACGUCAUGUAAGCACAGACCCGGUAAAUAUUAAGCGUUGGCCCAAUGUUGGUACGUUUUACUGCAGAGCUGUACCUAGAUGAUGAUGCUGAUGACUUAGAUUAUUACGUCCAUUACGCAUAUACCCAUGAGCAGCAGCGCCAUAUAAUUACGGCAUUGUGAAUCCUGCAGGGGUCUUUCUCUCACUGGCGCUUAACUGUGCAGACUAGACAGUCAUUUUGUUUAGCGCCAUCUACAAGUGAACACCAUGCAGGUUGCGCCAAGCUGAAUGGAAUCCUAACAUCGAUAUGUAGACGAAGGUUUUGUUAUUGGUGUUGCGUUUUUUUUUUUCAAUGGGCUGAGCCGAUGGACUCUCUAAACCCGAGGAACCCGGUUUACCGUCGAGCGCACUGAUUGGGAUUCUAAUCCAGAAUCUCAGAAGAAUUGCACAGAGCAGCCUCGUAGAGAGGACCUCUAUAAAGUAGAAUUUGUAAGAGAGCCUCUCAGGCUUUAAUUGAAGGUCUCGUGGGAAAGACUCGUAGACGAAUGCCUCAUGUAGAAACAUGGAGGGGGGGGGGUGUGGGGGGCGGUGGGGAAGCGUCUCACUUAUAAAUGAGUGUCAUCGAGGAACGACGUAUACAGAAAAUGUAUCCAGGAGCCUCGUAGUUAUACUGAAGAGUCUUAAUGAGACGAUGGUGCAGAGACGGCUUAAGAGAGGCUUGAGGGAGACAUGUAAAGGCACUGGCUGAAAAGCUUAAGUUGAAUGCCCCAUUAACAAGAUUCAUGUAGAAGAGCCUCGAAAGAAAUAUUCCUAAAGAAUACAUACAUGCAAGUCUCGCGAAGAAGGAUCUCGCGGGCGAAGCUGUCCAUGAAGAAAGCUUAUGGAUGAGCUCCGUGGGAGAGACAUACAGAGGUGCUCACAUCAGCGUCGUGAAGGUGCUUAAUCACGGUGCCAUCUUCUGAAGACUUACACAGAAGAGCCAUGUGGAAGAUCCUCACAAAGAAACUCAAACGAGAUGAUUCUUAAGACUCAAAAGGGAAACUGCUCAGAGAGGGUUGAUUGACUUGACUGCACAUGAGCCUUCGUAUGAUUGGCUUGAAGUCCUCGCAGAUGGUUUCAUUUUUCACCUAAGUCUAAGUCGUCCACCACUAAACUCAUCCCAAGUCUCCCACCAGCAACUCGUCGGUCCAUUGCACUCCGUGUGGUGUGUGUACAUUUGCGCGUGAGGCUGUUUCUCAUGGUGUGUGCGAGUGUGUGUGUGAGGCUAUCGCUCACGUUAAUUGGGGUUUUGAUUGUCUAUGGCACUAUAUCUGUGUCUUAAAAGGCACGAGUUGGGAUCUAGAGUUUACACUGGAAAAAUGCCGUUUGUAUAUUGUUGCUGUUCUUGUUUGUUUUCCCGUUAACGCCACUGUAAGCAAUGCCACGGGGACCACACUGCACCUCAUGACCACUGAGUCUCCUGGCUUCUGGGAUUCAUGCCCUGUGGGCAAAAGGGUGCAAACGCCAACCACCACCACCCACCCCCCAACUCCCAAACCGAUCACCUCCUCCCCAACGUUGCCAGAUCGGGGAUUACACUUGUACUGUGUACUCGUAACCGGGCUGUGAUUGGCUGGAAUGAAGUCACAUGGGUUUGAGCUGGUCCUCUGGGGCACUGCCCGAAAGAAAAUGGCUGCAAAUUUUUACUUGGCAAAGCGCGCACGUAUUUAUAUGAGCAGCCGGUUUAGUAGUUCUUUUACUUCAUCACUUCAAUAUAUAUUUUGUUUUGUGUAAUGUAUUAUUUUUAGCAAGAUUUUGUUGUUGCAUCGGCUAAUCGGGUAGAAAUUCUAUACCGAGAUGCCCUUGCUUGCUUCACAUGAGCUCUCUGGGCUGAGCCGUCCCGUAAAUAGUGGAGGAGGGCAGGAGGAUUUGAAUCUCUUCCAGCUGAACUAAUGUUAGUCAUGUCCAGCAAUUGAACUCGGUUCCUGCAGAGCGCAGGAGCACGAACUGCCACACCACAAUUCCUCCAGAGGACGUUUAUUAAGCAAACUUUAGUUUUGUUGGAUUUUGUCUUUAAAUGUUUAAUAUGUUAGCUUGAAAAAUUGGUCGCAGUAGUGCCUUAAUUGCGAUAUGUCCCUUCUUAUGAGUGAUCUCCUCUGGCCUGCAUGAGUUUUCUGCCGGCAGUCCGGUUGUCACUCGAAAUAAUAUUACUCCAAUACAAAUGAGAUGUAUCCAAACACUACCUGACACCUGGCAGGAUGCUUCUGAUAGGAAUGUUGAAACUCACUUGGAGCUUUCAUCGAGUAAAACAAUUAUCAUGGGUGAGGCAUUUAUCAGUUUAUUGAGAGCUUAACCCCCCACCCACCCCCUCAAUCUGGAAACGGUGUUGGAGAGAUGAGUUGCGGUUCGAGUUAAUUUUGUUUCAUCUUGCCCUUGUAUGUCUGUAUUGGAUUACAACCAGAUUUUCUGUGAACAUUUUUCCACCCGCUUAAAAAAAUGGGGGUGGGGGGCUCCAUAUGUUGUAUGUUAUUUUAUAAUACACCUUCACGCACGUACAAAACGUACAUUCCAAGCAUGGCCAAGCGUAGCCGGGCCUGCUGUACACAAUAAAACAGCAACUUGGCUUUUUUGUUGCUACAAACUAUGUCUUUAUCAUUAUUAUAAUUAUCGUUGAGAUAUUGUGUUUCGUUAGUUUUGCCUGUGACGUAAAGUUAUAAUUUAUUUAAAAAGAGAUAAAAAAACUAAUCGUGAAAUUAAACAACACGCGUGACUUUUUCAAAAACCUCUCCCAUUGCCCCACGCUGCACAGUGGCUGAUUUCUCUAAAGCACUGACGUCACCGUGAGCAGCUUUUGCUGCCCACCUUUUCAGAAUCCAUCAUUUGAAUUUCACAACUAAUUGAGCUAAAUACCACUUCUUUUUCCACUGUAGCCAGUGGAAAACCACCCCAUAACAUGAUGGUCCCGUGCCGGCACAGCUCGCAUAUGCCAGUGGAAAAGGGGUACGAGUCAAGUUUGGUAUCUUGUGAAGCCGCAUAGAUUUUACAGCCACAUCAAGUGGCCUAGCUGUGUAUGGGCUUUGCCCUUGUGAAAGAUCAUUAUCGCUGAAAUUUUCUAUAGGCGACUAACCUUUUCUUUUACGCAAGUAAACCAGCCUCAGUGGCAAAGACCGACCAGAUUUCCCCAAACACGAAUUAAACUUCAAUGGAGUGACUCACAAAAUGCAUUUAAUGAAAUCUAUCACAAAUACAUUUGGUAGUAUCCUUGCAACUUGCAAAAUACUAGAUGUUUUUCUCUUUAUUAAAUACAAUUCUCCAUUUAAUUGGCUGGAAAUUGCUGUAGAAAAUCACAAUAUUCACAAGUGUUUUGGGUUUAACUCAACCCAUCAUCAUUCCACUAGUGUAAAUAAAAUAAGUACUAUUGUACAGCAAGCUACAGUGACCUUCCUAUGCAUUGACGAGCCCCAGGUGUAAAGAGUGGAACUUCCAGCACUGGCUCCAAACCGCCAAAUUUUUUCGCGCACCGCCCCACGUUCGUUUGAGCGGGGACUAUGCUUGCCGCUGACAAACACUCAGUUUUAGCAAAAUUAUGCCGAUCACCUUCACAAUGUAUUUCGCCUCGUGUUGCCAAGACGGACACUUGGCCCUUUGGUUUUAGUUUCAAGGUCCACGCCUUUGCUCCGCCUCGGCCCUGGUAAAUGAAGUAUUGUUUUGUGCGCAGUUGUCAAUGCGAUAAUGGCUUAUAAACCACGUCUAUACACCCAGGGGUGUACAGUUUAAACCAAUUUGUAAGCUUGUAUGUCCCUUGUUUGCUUCAUACUGCUCCCCUUAGAUGUGUUCCUCAUUUAAACGUCCAUCUCAUGAAUCCCCUCCCUUCCCUCGUUCAACUCUCACAGCGUCCAAUUAAAGUUCAACGGACUCCUCUGACUAUAACCUCCGAGGCUCGGCAACACGCAAGCUCCUUGUGACGUCAGGCAUUCAAAACAGAAACUGUGCGGUGUGCUGCAACGAGGUCUUAAAACGCGAGGGGUGGUUGUGUUGUUGGUUAAAGAAAGGGAAUCUUUAAAACUAUUUGUAAACUUUGGUUUUAUUGUUUUGCGCCUUUAAUAAGUGCACUAUUUUGUAAAUGAACAGAAAGUGGUGAGAUAGGUUUCAGUCUGAACACUUCAGGGAAACAUUGCUGUCCGUCAAUAUUUCGGCAUCAGGAGUGUCCCGGGAUUUAAUUUCACACUGAGCCACAGUCAUAGCAAGAGUUAUACAGGAUGUGGUGUGCUUUCUCUGGAUAUAUAUUCCAUGUCCGCUGACCCAGCGACCCAAAUAAAGCCCCUGGUCGUAUAUGUUUAACUGUAAUAGGGCACAAGGUGAGGAAACGUCCAUUGUGGAUCUCCUUCAGAUCCUCGUCAAGGGUUGCCACCUGUUUUCGUUUUCCCAGGAUUGUUCUUUUUUGCUUAGGUAGCUGCUGUCCUGGGAAAUCUGAAAGUCUUGCCUGGUCAUUGAAAUCUUGAUUUGAAGCUUUCGUGACUGCAGGAAUCCAUACUCUUUGGUUCUUUCGGUAAAGUCACGUAGGCAGAAAAAGAAAAGAAAACAAAAUAAUAUAUCAUGACGUUUCGA